AAUUUAUGUUCUUUAAUUGUAAUCUUUAUUUUAGCCUGGUAUUCUUACACGUUUAUUCUUUUAUUUUAUCAAGAUAAUAAAGAAAGAUUACAGAUUGAUACAAGAAGAAAUUCAUUAGAAAACUUCGUUAAGAUAGUAAAUAUAUUAGGAGUUAAGAUAUUUCUCAUCGAUCCUCAUCGUUUAUUUUACUCGUUAAAUAACGAAGAAAAGCAAUUACUUCUAAAGAAAAACUUUAAAUUAAAAAAGGAAAUCGAGGGAAUAAUCACUUUUGGAAUAUUUGAAGAAGAUGGAGCAAAACUAGAUAAGGUUCUAUUCUUUUUAGUAUACGAUUCGUGUAUUAUAUAAGCAUUAUAAAGUAGAUCUUCUUCAUUUCAGGUAACUUUACAUCUGAUAAAACAGAAUUUUCGUUAUUCUUUAAUCAAAGAUGUAGAUCCUAACGAAAGAACAAUACAAAAUCUAGAUGUGUUACUUGUUAAGAAUGUCAUCACUCAUCGAUUUUAUACUCUAAGCGGAUACGUUAUUCAUGUUGUCACGUAUUUUCGUAGAUCUAAUUACUUAUGGCAUGGGAAGUUAUCAACCCUUCCUGCAGAUGUUUCGCACAUUAAUGUAGGGGAACUUCAAUUCGUCAGACACGAAGGAGCAUUCGAAAGCUUUCAGAUUGAGCCGUUUGAGGAUAAUGGAAUCCAUUAUUUCGCUCCUAAAAAUAAGAUUUAUUUUCUGUUUGAACUUAUGACCUCUCGUUUUCUGGAUUGUAACUUCGAAUCUACCAAAAAUUUUAUGAUUAGAUACCGCAAUAUUAGCGUUCCCGAUAUCCAAUUUGGACUCGAGUUUAUCGAAGACAUCAAGGAAAUUAAACGAGAGUUUCAACCAAAGCUGAUUCCUUUCUGGCUGGUCAGUGGCACUCUAUUAGGUUGGUAUAGGCAAUGCUCUCUCAUCCCAUAUGUUUACGAUAUUGAUUUCGCAGCGUGGAUAAGAGAUUUCGAUACGUCCCUAAUUGAUCAGCUAACGAAAAGCUCAGUUCUUCAUGCAGUCUAUGGCACGCCAGAAAAUUCAUUUCAAUUCGUCCUGAUGAAUAAACGUUUGAAAGUGAAUUUAUUUUUCACGUAUGAAGAACAGAGUUAUUUCUGGUAUGGAAAACACACAAUAGAAGAUGGUUACAGUUUCAAGUACGUUUACCCAAAAUUCACAUUAUGCUCGGCAGAAUUAGUAUACGAGAAGGUUCUUGUUCCUUGUAAUACCGAAUUAAUCGUGGCUACAGAGUAUGGAAAAAAUUGGAUGAUUCCUGAACCUAAAGGGCAUUCCCCUUUAAACAUAAAGGAUAAGAAAUUUUGGACUGUCGAACAACGAAUUAAUGCAUUUCUUCCGAAACUUGAACAUUAGAUUAAUGAUUUUUUUUUUAACAAUUUUAAUUUAUACAAAUACCGAUAUAUCGAUAGAUAUUUUAUAAAUGUAUUCAAAUUAUUUAUUUAUUUUUAGGAAAUCCUGUAGAAUUUAAAUAGAGAUAACUAACAAUAUAAGAACAUGUAAAAUGG